AUGGUGGUCUCAGGGGGUCUGAUCGGGUUUGUGCGCACGCUCCUCUCCGGUUGCUCGCUGUUCGGGAUCCUCGCGCUCUCCGCUGCGGCGCUCCUGUGCGCGUUUGCGACGCGCCUCGCCCUCAAACGACGCGAGCUGCGAUGCUUCAAUCAGCCGCCGCAGAGAAACUGGAUCAUGGGGCACAUGGGACUAAUGGGCCAUAAUGAAGAGGGACUGCAGGCCGUUGAUGAUCUGAUCAGGAGGUACGUUCACUCCUGCGCUUGGUAUCUGGGCCCGUUCUACAAUAUGGUCCGGCUUUUCCACCCAGACUACAUCAAAUCACUUCUGACAGCCUCAGCAAACAUUACUUACAAAGACAAGAUCUUUUAUGGGUUUAUGAAACCAUGGUUGGGUCAUUGUCUUCUGCUUCAGAACGGUCAGGAAUGGUCACGCCAUCGGCGACUUCUGACUCCUGCGUUUCACUUCGACAUUCUCAAAAAAUACGUUCACAUAUUCAACCAGUCCGCCAACAUCAUGCAUGAUAAAUGGCGCCGUCUGCUGGCCGAAGGACAGAACAGUCUGGACAUGUUUGAGCACAUGAGCUCGAUGACGCUGGACAGUCUGCUCAAAUGCACCUUCAGCUGCGACAGUCACUGUCAGGGGAAACCCAGCGAAUACAUCUCAGCCAUUCUGGAUCUGUCUAAACUGUUGGUUCAGAGGCAGCAUUACCUUCCGUAUCACUGGGACUGGCUGUACUGGCGCUCCGAACAGGGACGGCGCUUUCGCAAGGCGUGCGACAUCGUACACGAGUUCACGGCUAAAAUCGUGCAAGAACGCCGUUCCCAACUCAACCAGCAGGGAUCCGCAAAGAACCACACGGAGAACCUGGAAUACACGGGAGGAUACAAGAAAAAAGACACGGAUCUCAUCGAUUUACUGCUACUGUCAAAAGAUGAGAAUGGUGAGGGACUCACGGACGAGGAGAUCAAGGCUCAUGCUGAUAUGUUCAUGUUUGCCGGUCACGACACCACGGCCAGCGCCCUCUCCUGGAUCUUCUACAACCUGGCCAUGCAUCAGGACCAUCAGGAGCGCUGUCGAGCUGAAAUCAGAUCAGUGCUGCGAGACGAACACAACAUCAGCUGGGAGGAUCUGGGUCAGCUGCCCUUCACCACCAUGUGCAUCAAGGAGAGUCUGAGACUCCACUCGCCCGUUCUGGCGCUCACCCGCUACUACUCACAAAACAUGAAGACGGCCGGAGACUGCAUCAUUCCACAGGGAUGUCUGUGUUUGAUCAGUAUUUAUGGCGUCCAUCGAAACCCUCAAGUCUGGCCCGAUCCAGAGGUUUAUGACCCCAUGCGCUUCGACCCGGAGAACUCACACAAACGCUCAUCGCACGCUUUCAUUCCCUUCUCAGCAGGACCCAGGAACUGCAUCGGGCAGAACUUCGCCAUGGCAGAGAUGAGGGUGGUCGUGGCUCAGACUCUGUCGAGGUUCAGGAUCCUGCCGGGCCCCAGACCGGUGCGCCGUCAAUAUCAGCUGGUUCUCAGAGCGGAGGGAGGCCUGCUGCUAAACCUCGAGACACUCGAUGAAUCCAACAAAGAGUAAAAAGCACUGAAACACACACAAUAGUAUCAUAUGAAAGUCUGUUUACACCACAAAAUAAAAAAUAAAACGGUAACUGGGACUUUUUAAUCACACAAUUUUGUUUUACCUUCUCAUAAUUUAGACUUUCUUCCUUGCAAUUUUGAGAAAAUUGUGAGAUAUAAAUGCAGAAUUGCAAAAAAAGUCUGAAUUGUGAGAUAAAUCAUUUUUUAUUCUGUGGCAGAAAAUCAAAAAGACAGAAUUGUAUGAUAUAAAAAAUUUAAAAUGAAGAUUUUUUUUUAAAGUCAGAAUCUUAUUAUUUAUUUAGGAAGUUCAUAUCUCACAUUCUGACCUUUUGUUUAGAAUAAAAAAAAAUCUAUUUCGCAAUUCUAAAAAAAAAUUGAAUUUUGAGAUAAAAAGUUACUAUUACCUCUUUAAAUUCUCUUAAUCAGUGUCAGAAAAUGACUUCUAUUUAUUGCUUAUUCUGAUUUUAUAUGCAAAUAUGUUUCAGGACUAGACAUUUUUAAUAGCUGAGAUAAAAUUAUUUUUUUAUUUAUUUUUUGUGGCAAAAAAACAAACAGACAAAAAAAACAGAAUUGUGAGCAAUGAACCCAGAAUUCCAAAACAAAAAAAAAGUUGUAGUUUUAUUUUUUAAAGAAAGUUUGUAUCUUGCAAAUUUGAGAAAAUUGUGAGAUAUAAAUGCAGAAUUGCAAAAAAAGUCAGAAUUGUGAGAUAAAUAAUUUUUAUUCUGUGUCAGAAAACCAAAAAGACAGAAUUGUAUGAUAUAAAAAAUUUAAAAUAAACAAAAAUUAAGAAUUAUUAAAAAAAAAAAAAAAAAAAAAAAAAAAAA